CUUCCGGUGCCGCCGGUCGGGCUGGGACGGCGGGAACGGGACCGGAAUGGGGACCGAGACAGCUGGAGAGAGACUGGGAUAGCGAGAACCGGGCUGGGACAGCUGGAGAGAGACUGGGAUAGCGGGAACCGGGCUGGGACAGCUGGAGAGAGACUGGGACAGGAGGAACGGGACCGAGACAGCUGGAGAGAGACUGGGAUAGCGGGAACCGGGCUGGGACAGCUGGAGAGAGACUGGGACAGGAGGAACCGGGCUGGGACAGCUGGAGAGAGACUGGGACAGCGGGAACCGGGCUGGGACAGCGGGAACCGGGCUGGGACAGCGGUUUCGGGGCCGGGACAGCGGGUACGGUGCUCUCUCAAGGGCCGCAGCCGUGGGACGGAGCCGCGGCCCGGAGCCCUCAGGCCGCAGCCGCCACAGCGCCCGGCGCGCACGGACACCGCUCUGAGGAGGCGCCGCUCGCCUCAGGUUCAGGCUCAGGCUCAGACAUGGCAGCGGAGAGCAGCCUCAGCACCAGCCAGGGCUCGCUGGGCAGCCUGGGCUCGCUGCGCAGCCUGACGGCGGGCGAGGUGCUGGUCCGCUCCACAGCGGUGCGCAGGGAGCAGCUCCCGGCCGGCGGCCGCGGACAGCGGGUGGCGAUCGCUGUGCAGAAGCUCCGUGCCGGGGGCUCGCCCUGCCCGGGGGAUUCGGCUGCGGACGGAGCUCCCCGCAUCAGCCCGGGAGCCUGGGCUCCGUGCGGGGCAGCGACCCCCCGGGACUCCCCCGGCGCCGCUCCAGGAGUCCUAAGCACCAAGGGAUAUCCAGAAUGUCUGCUUCCUGUUGAAAAUUCAGUGCCCAUAUUUGUAUCCCAAAUGGAUUAUCCUGGAGAAGCUGCAUCACAAGAUGAUCCUUCACUGCUGCUGGAAGAUAGCAGAGGACCUGAAGAUGAUGUUUUUAUUUCUCAAUAUGCUACUGGCCAGAAGGAGGCUUUGAGAGCAGUAUUAAUGCAAAAAACUCAGAUUGUUCCUGUUCACAAGGAGGUGAAGGUGCAGCUCUUGGGAAGUGCCUCCACAGAAAAAAGGGAAAGUGCUGGGGGUGACACCAGGUCAGCACCCAGGGAAGUUGACUCUGCAACAACCAUUGCAGCAGCCACUGCUGCUGCCAUUGCCACAGCAGCUCCACUUCUCAAGGUUCAAAAUGAUUUGGAAGCAAAAGUGAACUCAGUUUCAGAACUGCUUCAGAAAUUGCAGGAGACAGACAGGCAGCUGCAGCAAGUGUCUGAACAGCAAAAAAAUAUGAAGGCUCAACAUGAGGAUCCCCACUACCACCAGAGAGUCAGUGAGCUGGAAAAACAAAUGAAUGCUUUCAUGGUGCAACGGAUUCAGCACCUGGAAAAGCUCCAGGAGCAACAGAUGAAUAUUCAGUCCCAGCUCAUCAGCUCUGCAGUGAACAGCCGUGGCCUACAGCAGGGUCCUGUGUCCUCUGGGCCCCUGACAGGACACUGGGAGAAGCCAGAGCAGAGAUCACUCACUAACAAAGCACCUUCAUCUCACAGGGGUUUGUUCCCUACCCCUGCUGCACCUGCCCAAGUGUUCCCUGAAGCAUAUUCAAGCCAUUUUCCAAGUCAUGGGGUUCAUACACAAAAAUCUCCUCUAAAGACACCAGUUCCUCGAAGAUAUGCUCCAGAACCUGUACCCAAAAAUGGGAAAAUCUCAGAGAAAGAAAACUUUGUAGUAGAAAAAGAAAAUACUCCCAAGCCUACAAGAGAAGGUGAAGGGGAAGGCCUGGAACACGUUUUGAGUUCUCGAGAAAUACCACUGGAAGAAAUGGAAUAUCCCAAGAAGAUGCCACUGAGCGGCAGUGAAAAGGGCUGGCCUCCUGAGAGAUACAGCUACAAUUCAAUUGAGAAAACAGUGCAGAAAGCAGAUGAUUUACUUCAAGAUCUUGGCAAGUUGAGAAGAGAAAUGCACAACAUUCUACAGGGAGCAAGUUCAUGGAAAUCUGAGGUGAAAGAUCUUAUUAAGUCCAGAAAUCUUCUUCUUUCACCUGGUCGUCCUGAACAUCAUCUACCCAACAAACCAUCCAUCCUUGAGAAUGUCAAAGCACCAAGGUCUAUACUGGCAGAUGCUGAAAGGGCUUUGAGAGGAGUGCAGAACAGUAAGAAAGUCUUGGAGGAGAAUCUGGAAGCUGUUACUCGUGCAAAAGAUGGAGAUGCCUUGUACUCUUUUGGUGACUCCUCGAGUACAGACAGGGAUAUCUUGGAAGGGUUUCGUAUCCGAAGGACUGUGGAUGAGUGGAUCAAGGCAAUCAAUCAGGAAAUCCAAGAUGAAAUAACAAAAGAUAAUCCAGAUAAAGAAAAAUGUGAAGAAAAAGCCCCAUGGAACAAGAGAGCCCAAAACCUCAGGGCUAUGAAGGCCAAGGAAGAAAUUAAAGAGAGAGCUCAAAACGUCCAAAAACCAUCCUUGACAAAAAGGCCUUUAUCUGCACCCAAGCCAUUGCAGAAGCAGGUGGAAGAUACCACAAAGAAAGAGAAGUUUAGAACUUUCCUUUCUGAAAAAAAGGAGAGAAAAGAAAAAAAGGCAAAUGAAGCUGUAGGUGGAACUGCACUGGUCCAAAAGGAAGAUUAUCUGUCACAAGUUUAUGGGAAGCCCAUCUACCAGGGCCACCGUAGCACACGUACAAAAGAACCCUGCCUGAGAUUCAACUCUCCCCCUUCCAGAUCACAACCUUCCAGAUCCAAGCUGAUAGAGCCUGUUAAAGGCACAGAGGUGAAGCCAGCAAGGACCCAGACCUGCCCCCACACCCAGAAGGACACCAGCAGCCCCGUGGAGAAGCAGCCUGUGUGUGCCCUUCCCCAGCAGAAGCAGUGCCUCUUCAGCCCCAGCCAAGAUGUCCCUGCUGCCCCUCAUCCUGUGGAAGGGCACCUCAUUCCCAUUGCUAUCCCUCUAGGUAAAACACAAAGCAGCAGCACAUUACCACAGCCUGCUGGAGUGAUCUUAGAUAAACCACACCCUGUCACAGUUACAACCUGCCUUCCUCCAGAGCCCUCAAAGCUUCCAGAGGCACCAAAGUUUCCAGAGCUCCCAAAGCUUCCAGAGCCUCCAGAGCCUCCAAAGCUUCCAGAGCCACCAAAGCUUCCAGAGCCACCAAAGCUUCCAGAGCCACCAAAGCUUCCAGAGCUCCCAAAGCUUCCAGAGCCACCAAAGCUUCCAGAGCUCCCAAAGCUUCCAGAGCCCCCAAAGCUUCCAGAGCUCCCAAAGCCUCCAGUGGAGGUGAAAAAGCCAACUAUAGCUGUAAUAGAGAUGAAAUCAGAGAAAAAGGAGCCACCCCAGCUCUCUGUGCAGGUGUUACCAAGUGUUGAUAUUGACAGUGUUUCAAGUGCCAGUGGAAGUGUAAGUCACAGUCCUCCAAGCUCUGAGCCUCACCUCCCUCCUGUCAAUGCUGUAAUCCAGGCUCCAGAAGAAAUACCCGCUGAAGAGGAAGACACAAAGUUGCCAGGAACUGACUUCAUUGAGGUUACUGAUGUCACACAGGAUCAGGAAGAGGAGAAGGAUGAAAUUCCAGAACUCCAUGAGCCUCAUCUGGAGCUUAAUGGCCAGCUUAGAGCUGCCUCACCACAAUACAAUGGUCCUUUGUUUCCUCCAGUGGCUCCUGCUCCUCAGCAGUCUGCUGAUAUUUUGGAUGAACUGAUUCAAAGGAAAGAAACCAUAGAAGACAAAUUGGUAAAUUGGGUGGAACAAGAAGUAAUGGCAAAAAUUAUUGAUGAGAUGCACCCAGCUCAGAAGGAAACUGUGCCCAACAUUAGCAGCUCAGACAGUGAAAACAGUGAGGUUGUAAGCCCUGGCACUGUUGAAGUUGCAGGUGGUGGAGGAUUUCAGCUCUUUGUCAGUGCUGGUGUCCCUGUGGACUCAGAAAUGAUAAAUAAUUUUGUAAAGGAAGCUCUCAGUGAAACCAUUGCAACCAUGCUGGGUGACAGUAAGGCUCAGAGAACAGUUCCUGAUCCAAGUGUUCCCUCCAGCACAAUCACAGUGAUGGAAAUUUCUAUGCCUACUCCAGUGCCAACACCCCUGGCCACACCACCACCAACACCACCUUCAGAAAAAAAAUUGCCUCAGGUCAAAACUCCAGCUUUGUCUCCAUCUCCUCCAGAGAUGAGUGAGGAUGUUCAUGGACAUGAAAAAAUUAAAGAAAUAGGAGUUGAGAUUGCAGCUGCCCUGCGCCCUGUGGCCACCCCUGUGGCCACCCCUGUGGCCACCCCUGUCAACACACCUCCCCCAGUUCCCACACCAAGCCCUCCUGGCUCAGAAUGGAACUCCCCAGCUAAAAAAAGGGCAAGUCCAAAGCUUUCAAACCCGUGGAAUGGUUCAGAGCUUCCUCUGGAAGAAGAGAACCCCAGUCCUUUCCUUGAAGAGCCAUUCCGUCCUAGGACUGUGGAGAUGUCAGUGGCCAUUGAUGAGGAACCAGAGGCCUUGGUUUUGCCACCUCAGCAGCUGCCAGUGAGGCCCUUUGAGCCCCUUCCCUGCAGUGGCCUGGUGCCAUCACCUGUGCCCACGCUCAGCUCCGUGGUGUCCACGCAGGAGAGCAGCCUGACCCUCACAGAGACUGACACCACAGACAGACCCAUCUCAGAGGGGGAGGUGCUCUUCACCUAUGGGCAGCCACUGCCUGCAGCAGCCUUAGCAGGAAGAGGAUUGUCUCUUCCAAACCUCACUGAGAGCUUAUCCAGUACUCUCCAAGAUGCCAAUGAAAUGGAUUAUGAUCCUCCAAGUGAAGGGCAGGUGCUGAGAAGAAUGGAUAAAGGCUGUCACGGGGAUCCUGUCCUGACACUUUUAAACAAAUUAAAUCAAGCACUUGUUUUUGUACGGGAAGAAAUUGACCACUUGGAGGAUUCUGAUGGCAGCAUUGGGCAGCUCAGUGAAGGUCAGAGACCAAGGCUGGCCAGAGCACAGGAGAGAAUCCUGAUGGGAAAUCCCAUUUUUAUGGAGCAUCCAUCUGCUCAGAUCUCUGGGAACAGACCACGUCAGAGUCUCCGUUCUGCAUCUCCAGGGCAGCUUGCCCACAUUGAAGAAGUGCUUGGAGAUGCAGAUGUAAGUCCUAGUCCAAUGCUUUUGACUGAACUGGAGUCACAGCCAGGUUCAAUUCCUGCUCUGCCAGCAACCCAGCCAAGCUGCAGAAUUAUACCUCUCUCAGAGGAUCUCUCUCAGGAGGAAAUCCAAGGUGCUGUACCCAUUCCAACUAUCACACCCCGAGUUAUCUUUGUGAUAAAAUCUGAAGAGAUGGAACCAGAAGGUUGUGUUCCUGUACAAAGCCCGUCCUCUGGUCUGAACCCAGCAGCAGGGAUUUUCACUGAAAUUCCAGCACCAGGAGAGGAUGCUGCCCCUCAUCUGAAUCCACAUCUUCCUGCAGAAGGUGUGUCAGUGCAGCUGCCUGGCACAAACACAGAUAAUGAAACCCAGAGUCUGAGCAGUGCACAUGGAGAUUUGGAUUCUUCAGGGACAGACACAUUUUAAAGCUUAGGGCUGUUUAUGAUGGUCUCUGUCUGAAGAUGUUGUCAGUCUGUCUAGUGUGAUAGUCUGGCUGUUCCAUCAAAAUAACAGUCUUUCAGUACUGUUUAUUUUCUACUGUUUUUCUUAUAAUUUUGCUAUUAUUUAAAAUUAUUCUAUCUGUGAAUAUAUCAAUUAUUUUUAAGCAAAUAAAAUGCAGCUUUUUCAGAAUCAUCCUAAAUUGAAGUCUGUAAAGGCCUUUUAAAUAUUUAUUGUAUUACAGGUGAAUGUGAAGG